GUCUGUAUGUAUGGAUAAAAGAUCACUGUUUGUCUUAAGCAGAGAUAAAGGAUCAGAUUUAGAAUUUUUGUAAGCAAAAGCACAAUAGAUUUUGCUUUGUUUUGUUUUUCCUGAGAAGUGUGUCUAAACACAGGCAAUAGUUGUCUCUUUCCUUUUUUCCCUUACUGGUAGGUAUCUUCCUUGCUCUCUUUCAAUGGGCCAGGCUGCUCGUACUUCUUAGUUUUCAGUAACUUCCUCAGCGCUUUGUUGUUCUUGUUUUUAAUGCCACCUUAACGUAUGCAUUAAGAAAACAAAUAGUUAUAAAACAAAACGGCUGAAGAUCCAAACCACAUUUUAAGGACAGUCAGCAAUGGAAAAAUGUACCUUGGAGAGGGCGUAGGAGAGAGGCUUCUUCUCAGAACUGCAUAGCGAGGUUCAUCUUUAGCAUUAACAUGUUGCCAGACUGUUCACUUAACCUGUCUAGACCAGGAGUGGGUAUGUAUGAGUGAUGUUCUGUUUGCUCUGGGUUGGUUUUCUUGCUCCUGGAAUGAGCCAGUUAAUUGCAAAUGUGUUCACUGUAAUUAGAAUGGCAUUUAGUCACCAUUUAAGUAGUUUAGUUAAGUCUCAUUUAAGUUAGUAAUUCAAAUUCAGGGUAGUGUUAAUCUCUAGGCGGACACAAGCUGUCCUUACAGAGGGAUGCAAGCCUUGAGCUGAUGUUUACAAGAUGUAUGGCAGAGGUGGGGAUGGUGACACGGGUGGAAUGAGGAGGUUUCUCAACAACAAGAGCUAGAAACUCUGCUCACAGAAACCAAUACCUUCCUGCUUACCUUGUCAGGGCCAAUUCUGCAUAUGUCAGUGGUGAGUCAAAUUAGACUUCUUUCUUGCCCUGAGUUUAAUCAUAGCAUCGUGAUAGUUCUGUAACGUCAUCAAGCAACUCUCCUGUUCUGGUUUUCUUAUUAGUAAAGAAUCCAAUCAGCUGCCCUGCAAAACCAGUGAUUCACUGCCUUAGUUGAACAUGGCUGUUUAGAUGCUGUAUGUUGUAACAUUAUGACAUUCCUUGCGUCACAGUUAACGAUGGAAUAGUAACCAACAGGCUCAUAAGCAUCUUAGAAGACAGUAUGUGUCCACUGUCCGCUGGCAGAGUUUGUGCUAGAGUAGCUCAACAGAAGAACCUUGAAGGAUAUGUGGGGUUUGCAAAUCUUCCAAAUCAGGUUUACCGGAAGUCCGUGAAGAGAGGAUUUGAGUUCACACUCAUGGUAGUAGGUGAAUCUGGACUGGGAAAAUCAACAUUAAUCAACUCAUUAUUCUUAACGGAAUUAUAUUCCCCGGAGUAUCCAGGUCCUUCACACAGAAUUAAAAAGACUGUACAGGUUGAGCAGUCAAAAGUUUUAAUCAAAGAAGGUGGUGUUCAGUUACUACUUACAAUAGUUGACACACCAGGAUUUGGAGAUGCUGUGGAUAAUAGUAAUUGUUGGCAGCCUGUUAUUGACUACAUUGACAGUAAAUUUGAGGACUACCUGAAUGCAGAAUCUCGAGUGAACAGACGUCAGAUGCCAGAUAAUAGAGUUCAGUGCUGUUUAUACUUCAUUGCUCCUUCAGGACACGGACUUAAGCCUUUGGAUAUAGAGUUUAUGAAGCGCCUGCAUGAAAAAGUGAAUAUCAUUCCACUUAUUGCCAAAGCAGACACACUUACACCUGAGGAAUGCCAACAGUUUAAAAAACAGAUAAUGAAAGAAAUCCAAGAACACAAAAUUAAAAUAUAUGAAUUUCCAGAAACAGAUGAUGAAGAAGAAAACAAGAUUGUUAAAAAGAUAAAGGACCGUUUACCUCUUGCUGUGGUAGGUAGUAAUACAAUCAUUGAAGUCAAUGGCAAGAGAGUUAGAGGAAGACAGUACCCAUGGGGUGUUGCAGAAGUUGAAAAUGGGGAACACUGUGACUUCACAAUUCUGAGGAACAUGUUGAUAAGAACUCAUAUGCAGGACCUGAAGGAUGUCACUAACAAUGUACAUUAUGAGAACUACAGAAGCAGAAAACUGGCAGCUGUUACAUACAACGGUGUUGACAACAAUAAAAAUAAAGGGCAGCUAACAAAAUUUGACACAGUUGAAGGCAUGAGCCCGCUGGCACAGAUGGAGGAGGAGAGGAGAGAGCAUGUAGCCAAAAUGAAAAAAAUGGAGAUGGAAAUGGAACAGGUGUUUGAGAUGAAAGUUAAAGAAAAAGUACAGAAACUGAAGGACUCUGAAGCUGAGCUGCAGCGACGCCACGAGCAAAUGAAAAAGAAUUUGGAGGCUCAACACAAAGAAUUAGAGGAAAAGCGUCGCCAGUUUGAGGAUGAGAAAGCAAGCUGGGAAGCUCAGCAACGUAUUUUGGAACAACAGAAUUCCUCCAGAACCUUGGAAAAGAAUAAGAAGAAAGGGAAGAUAUUUUAAAUGCAUCACCUUGACCACCAGUUAUGUAUUAGUUGCCAAUAUUCCAGCCUGGACAUCAGUGUUUGUUGGAUCCGUUUGACUAAUUUUGCACCAGUUGUAUCCAUAGUAAUGGAUUUAACAGCAUGACAAAUUUUUGUUCACUUUGAUGGAGAAUGAGAUGCCUUGAAUUGUCUAGGGUGUUGUGUACUUGGAAAAGUAACAGCUCUAAGUACCUUUCUUCUUUUUUUUUCUUUCCUUUUUCUUUUUUAAACAGACGUCAUUUUAAUGCAAAAGGAACCAUUUUACUGUUGUACAAUCAUGCUCUGGUGGUUUGACGGUUUACAGGAGACUGAAAUGCAAGGACUCCAGACGGUUUUUAGAGAGGAUAAAUUGCCAUAAUAAUGAUGCAAACGAUGCUUCCCUAUUAUUGUAAUACAAGAAUUCCAUUCAGUGCAGCAUAUACAAUAAUGUAAUUUAGUCUAACACAGUUGACCCUAUUUUUGACACUUCCAUUGUUUAAAAGUACACAUGGAAAAACAGAAGUUGUAGGCUUACAGUGCACCUAAGCUUUUUAUAACGACCCUUUUAUGUUUUGGAUUCUUUAAAUAUAUGCUAUUCUCAUUUAGUAACUUCUUUAGCCAGAAGGAUCUCAUUACUGCUUCAUUUUUGUAAUAACAUUUAAUUUAGAUAUUUUUCCAUAUAUUGGCCCUCCUAAAUAGAAUAUAGCUUCUUUCAUAUGGUAGGAACCAGUGAGUAAAUCUUUCCUUUAACUCCCUUUUUACAUUUUAUGGUAAGUAGCAGGAAAACGCAUUUAUAGGUCAUUUCUAGGCAAAAUUGUGGAGUUAACUACCAACCUGUUUCUACCUGUGUGCAGUCUUUCUUUAUUUUACUAGAAAUGGGAAUAUGGCCUCAAGAAAAAGAAAUCACCGUUUCGCAUUUAGCUGUAUUCAUAUACUGCAUUUCUGUAUUUUUGUUUGUAUUGUAAAAAGCCACAUAAUAAACAAUGUUGUGAUGUUA